GGGGUUGAUUGAGCUCUGGGCUUAGGCUUCAAGGGUUAAAGCAGCACUGGGGGAAAUCAUUAAAAAUAAACUCCACCUUCCAUAACACUUAAUUAAAUAAAACAAUGAACAUUGAUAUAAUUAAUUCAAUGUUUAAUAUAUUUCUACUUUGUUUCUAACUUAGUGCUUUAAUUUUUUUAAAAGCUGUCAGUGGGGUGUUAUUUUGUAGCUGUAUUUACAUUAAAUUAAAUUGAUUUAGCCUUCCUGCUGGAAUUGCCAUCUCAAAAUCCAUUGGCAGCAGCAGUUCCAGUCUCUGUCUCUCUCACAUUUUUAUUUUUAGAAUUUGCACAAAUCUGCUAUCUUUUUCAGCCCAAUAAUCUGUUUAAACAGACCCAAAAAUGGCUGUGAGACACGGAAUAAACACACACUUUCCAAUGGUCAGGGUGAAGGAUUAUUUGUCUAAAAGAAAUACCCCUGGCAUUGUUUACUCAGUCACACCCUUCAGCCUUCGACCAACUGGUUAAAACAAGCUGGGCUUUGUAACUUUGUACUGAUUUAUCUUAAUUCCAUUGAGAUUAGGUGAGAAAGUUUGAUGUCUUUUAUUUUGAAGCAGGGCUGCUUUCCUGUCUAUGCUGUGUAGGGGUGAGGUGGACCUCCUUGCACGUACUUAACAAUUCAGCAUCUAUACCCUCUGGAGUAGAGAAUUCCAUAGAAUUCACAACCCCCUGAGUGAAGAAAUUUCUCCUCAUUUCUACUAAAUGGAGGACCCCUUAUCCUGAGGCUGUGUAAACCACACACACACACACAACCCCCCCCUGCCGAGUUCUAGGUACUCAAACCAGGGGAAAACAGCCUCUCAACAUCUAUUCUACCCUAUCAAGUCCUCUAAGAAUCUUAUAUUUCAAUGAAAGUGCUUCUUGUGUUCUAAACUCCUGGAAGCAUAGGCUCAAUCUCCCCUUUAGAAGACAACCCUCUCAUCUCAGGAAUCAAUCCAGUGAAUCCUCUCAUAGAUUUGACAGUUUUUACCCAAGCAGAGUGACAUUAUAGUCUUUAAUUCAGCUAGAAAUGGCUCUUCUCAGGAACUGAAGAGCUCCAGUUUCAUUCCAUGGAAGGUUAGCCUGUCCGGAAUCAGAGUAUUUACCCAGCCGAGGAGACUGACCUUGCUACCUUGCUGGAUGCCCCAGUAGCUGUCCUUGAGAAGUACUGGGCUGGAGCGUGACCAGACAGCUGCACCGAGAUUAGCACCUUCUACUGAUCCUGACGACUGAGCAGGAGCUGAUGCCUGUUCUGUGUGCGCAGUUGACAUUCACCUGGAGAGUCAGUGGCUUCUGAUUAAUAUCAGGAAACAAGGACCCCAUGGCUCCCAAUGAAGUGAUCCAGAACAAGUGCUGCUCCCACCAGCACCAGAUUCGCAAGUAAACUUGAGCUGCUCAAGGACCAAGAACUAGGCAUGGAAUUGGUGAAGAACGUUCACUCUGGCCUUCCUCUCCCUGAGCCGGAGUCUGAUAUCCUCCGGCUGUCACUGAUCAGGGGUGAUUAUCUCUAUUACCAUUAUGGUUGUGAUGGGACAGAUGACUGCGGCUGGGGCUGUGGCUACCGGACUAUGCAGACCCUCGCCUCCUGGAUCAUUUUGCAACAGACGAAUAUAAAGAACCAUCGAGUGCCCACGCUAAAAGAGGCGCAGGAGGCAUUGGUGGAAAUGGAGGACAAGCCCCCGAAUUUCAUCGGCUCCAAGACCUGGAUUGGCUCCUUCGAGAUCUCCCUGUGCAUCGACAAGUUCUACGAUGUACCAUGCAAACUCAUCCAUGUGCGACGAGGAGGGGAGCUCCUGCAGAAGGUCGAAGAGCUCUACCUGCACUUUGACACAUUAGGAUCCCCAAUCAUGAUGGGUGGUGACAAUGACAAUGCUUCAAAGGGGAUUUUGGGCAUGUGCACAGGCUCGGAGAACCACUACCUCCUUGUCCUGGAUCCCCAUUAUUCCGGGAAAACCCUGGACAAGGAAUAUGCUCAAAGGAAAGGAUGGGUUGCCUGGAAGAGACUGGAUUUGUUUGACCAAAAUUCAUUCUAUAACUUCUGCCUUCCUCAGUGGAAAGGUGUGUAAUUGUACAACACACUGUAACUGUGAACUGCAAACGUCCCGUCUGUCUGCUCGUGUCCUGAUGUAUUUAUUGAGCAACUGAUGAAAAGUUGAUGAAAUGAUGCUUCAAUUAAACAAAUCUUGGUAAAGCAUG